ACAGCAUCCUAGAUUACACAAGAAAACUAUUUUCUUCUAUGACAUUUGAUUAGCACCCAACAAUAACCUGUUUCUUCUUCGUCUUCGUCUUCUUCUUUCUUCUCCAAUGAUUGUUACAACUAUCGCGCAUUCGAACAGCUUCUUCCUUACCCCUAAGAACAGACAAGAACACCAGACCUUCUUCCCCGUGAUCUAGGGGUUUCCGUUUGUAGCUUUAUCGUUACAUUGACAACUGCAGGAAGCGUGAUUCCGGAUAUGGAAGGGGCGGUGUCAAUGAGUGACGUGGCGGCUUUCCAGCCGGAGGCCCUCCAGCUCCCGGAAUUGUCUCCAUUGGCCUUGAAGGCGAAUCCUUUCCUCGCCGAGCAACUCUUCUCCCAAUGGUUUUCCCUUCCUGAUACUUCUCGAUUGGUAAAAUCCUUGCUUGCUGCAGCUAAGACUGGGGAACCGUUGAAUGCUGUUGGGAAUUCCAGCACUACAAAUGCUGGUUCUGGCAGUUCAAUACCGUCCAUGUUUCCUUCUGGCUGCACUCCUCCACUUUCCCCUCGAAGUGUUUCGGGAUCGCCGCGAACUGUGAAACAGAGAGUUGGUCCUUCCUCUUUAGGUUCUCCACUAAAAGUUAUCAGUGAGCCAGUGCGAGAAGUUAUCCCUCAGUUUUACUUUAAAAAUGGACGGCUGCCUCCAGCUGAGACGAGAGAGCGCUGCUUGUUUGAUAUUGAUCAACAUUUUUACGGUCAUGUGGAUGGAUUGCAACAAAAUGAAUUUAAGUCGGUUGCGAAGGAUAUCUGCAAGCUUCCCUCUUUUUUCUCCACCAUAUUGUUUAGAAGAAUUGAUGUCAACGGUGUUGGCAUUAUCACAAGGGAUCAAUUCAUUGACUAUUGGGUGAAAGGGAACUUCUUGACGAUGGAUUUAGCUACUCAAGUCUACAUCAUUCUCAAGCAACCAGAUCAUGAAUACCUCACCCAGGUUGACCAUGAAGCCUUACCUUUUGUUUUUCCAUUUUUUUCAUGUCUGCCUUAUUUACAGGAGGAUUUCAGACCUAUUUUACGAGAAAUUUUGUCUACUCAUCCAGGGUUGGAAUUUCUGCAGAGUACUCCAGAAUUUCAAGAGAGAUAUGCGGAAACGGUCAUAUACAGAAUAUUUCACUAUGUAAAUAGAUCAGGAACGAGUCGUCUCACCCUCAAGGAGUUAAAGCGUUCAAACUUGGUUGCUGCUAUGCUUCAAGUGGAUGAUGAAGAAGAUAUUAACAAAGUUUUGAGGUACUUCUCUUAUGAGCACUUCUAUGUGAUAUACUGCAAAUUCUGGGAGCUCGACACAGACCAUGAUUUCUUAAUUGACAAAGAGAACCUUAUUCGAUAUGGCAACCAUGCUCUUACAUACAGAAUUGUUGAUAGAGUAUUUUCCCAGGUUGCCAGGAAAUUUAGAAGCAAGAUUGAAGGCAAGAUGGGUUAUGAAGAUUUUGUCUACUUCAUACUCUCCGAGGAGGAUAAAUCUUCUGAACCUGGCAUAGAGUUCUGGUUUAAUUGCAUUGAUUUGGAUGGGAAUGGUGUCCUCACUUCUAACGAGAUGCAGUUCUUUUAUGAAGAACAAUUACAUCGUAUGGAGUGCAUGGCACAAGAACCGGUCCUGUUCGAAGAUAUUUUGUGCCAGAUAAUUGAUAUGAUUGGACCAGAGACCGACGGUCUUGUAACACUGCGCGACAUGAAAAGGACCAAACUUGCAGGGCAUGUGUUCAACAUUCUUUUCAAUCUCAACAAGUUCAUUGCCUUUGAAAGUCGGGACCCUUUCCUAAUUCGUCAGGAACGAGAGAAUCCGACAUUGACAGAGUGGGAUCGUUUUGCACAUAGAGAGUAUAUUAGGCUUUCAAUGGAAGACGAUGCGGAAGAUGUGUCGAAUGGAAGUGGAGAUGUGUGGGAUGAAUCACUUGAAGCUCCCUUCUGAAAGCCCCCCAUAGUACUCUGCACUUUUUCUUUUUGGUCUAUGCAGCAUUCACUAGUCACUACACAUUUAGGCCGUGGGAUUGCUUUGCUUUGCAUAAAGUUGACAAUGAUGGAAGAAGAUUUGCUGAAAUUACAAACAGAAGAAUGCUGUCGUUUCUAUUUAAGUUCGGAGGUUAAAUUUAUGUGGGGAAAACUUCAGAAUUCAGGGUUAAAUAUUCUGAAUCUUAUCGUUGAUCUUUGACUCUAGAUUCUUUUACAUGGCUAGGUUAGUUUGUUGUCUUCAAGUGUGUUGUAUUUUGGGCGUCUUAAAUGGUUAGAGCUAAGCUUCAUAAAGUACUGGGGGUUAGUUUAAAAAUUACGCUGAACUGUAGUUAUUUAGUCUCAAUUCGGUAUUGUCCUUGAAUUUUGAUUCUAAAUGGGCAUUAUAAUAUCCUGAAUAGCGAAGAGGUUCAAAUCCCUCUUUGUCACCUUCCAGGCUGCCCUC